AUGAGGGUGCUUGUACUAGCUCUUGCUGUGGCCCUCGCAAGUAUGUCUGAAGGAUAAUUCAAUAUUAUUGCAGCCCCAGAGUUUGCUACUGGAAAGACCUACGUGUACAAAUAUGAGGCAUUUCUCAUGGGCGGCCUGCCUGAGGAGGGUCUGGCACGGGCUGGAGUGAAGAUCCAGAGCAAAGUUUUGAUCCAUGCAGCGGCUGCCAACACCUUCAUGCUGAAGCUUAUUGACCCUGAAAUCUUUGAGUACAGUGGUAUCUGGCCCAAAGAUGUUUUCAUCCCAGCCACCAAGCUCACCUCAGCCCUGGCUGCUCAGCUCUUGACACCCAUCAAGUUUGAGUACACCAACGGUCUUGUUGGUAAAGUGUUUGCACCGGCUGGCAUCUCUGUGACUGUGCUGAACAUCUACAGGGGAAUCCUCAACAUCUUCCAGCUGAACAUCAAGAAGACUCACAACAUCUAUGAGCUGCAAGAGCCUGGAGCGCAGGGUGUGUGCAAGACCCACUAUGUCAUCAGUGAGGACACCAAGGCUGACCGCAUUCUUCUGACCAAGACCAAGGACCUGAACCACUGUCAGGAGAGAAUCAUCAAGGACAUCGGCUUGGCUUACACUGAGAAAUGCUUUGAGUGUGAGGCUAGAGGAAAGACCCUGAAGGGAGCCGCUGCCUUUAACUACGUCAUGAAGCCAGCAGCCACCGGCACUAUCAUCUUGGAAGCAACUGCUUCAGAGAUGAUUCAGUUCUCUCCUUUCAACAUCUUGAAUGGCGCUGCCCAAAUGGAGGCUAAGCAAAUCCUGACCUUUUUGGAGAUUGAGAGGGCCCCAGUGGAGCCCAUCAGAGCAGAAUAUCUUCACCGUGGAUCUCUGCAGUAUGAGUUUGGCAGCGAGCUUCUCCAGACACCCAUCCAGCUCUUGAGGAUCAGCAACGCAGAGGCUCAGAUUGUUGAGGUUCUGAACCACCUGGUGACCUAUAAUGUGGCCAAGGUUCAUGAGGAUGCCCCUCUGAAGUUUAUUGAGCUCAUCCAGCUGCUGCGUGUGGCCAGAUUUGAGACUAUUGAGGCUCUCUGGACUCAGUUCAAAGCUAGACCCGAUCACAGGCAUUGGAUCCUGAACGCUGUCCCUGCCAUUGGUACUCACAUUGCUCUAAGGUUCCUCAAGGAGAAGUUCUUGGCUCAUGACCUGACUAUUCCUGAAGCUGCUCAAGCUCUGGUGGCAUCUGUGCAAAUGGUGACAGCCGACCUGGAGGCCAUCAAACUUGCUGAGGGUCUGGCUAUGAACCACAGGAUCCGAGAAAAUGCAGUCCUGCGUGAGAUCGCUAUGCUGGGCUACGGCACUCUGGUUGCCAAAUACUGUGCAGAGAACCCAACUUGCCCAGCUGAGUUUGUGAGGCCCAUUCAUGAACUCGCUGUUGAGGCUCUUGCCAGAGGUGAUAUUGAGGAGCUCACUAUCGCUCUUAAAGUUCUGGGUAAUGCUGGACAUCCUGCUAGCCUUAAACCAAUCAUGAAGUUCCUGCCUGGCUUUGGAAGUGCUGCUGCCAAUCUGCCACACAGAAUUCACAUUGAUGCUGUUCUGGCCCUGAGGAACAUCGCAAAGAAAGAGCCCAAGAUGAUCCAAGAAAUGGCUGUUCAGCUGUUUAUGGAUAAGGAUCUCCACCCAGAGCUCCGCAUGGUUGCUGCUAUUGUGCUGUUUGAGACUAAGCUGCCAAUGGGUCUGGUGACCACUCUUGCUGAUGCCCUCUUGAAAGAAAAAAAUCUGCAGGUUGCUAGCUUUGUCUACUCUUACAUGAAAGCCAUGACCAAGAACACCAUCCCUGACUUUGCUUCUGUUGCUGCAGCCUGCAAUGUUGCUGUGAAGAUCCUCAGCCCCAAAUUUGACAGACUGAGCUACCGCUUCAGCAGAGCUCUCUAUUUUGAUGCCUACCACAGCCCCUGGAUGAUGGGUGCUGCUGCCAGUGCCUUCUACAUUAACGAAGCUGCAACUGUUUUGCCAAGAGCCAUUGUGGCCAAAGCUCGCACCUACCUGGCCGGAGUUUAUGCUGAUGUCCUUGAGUUUGGAGUAAGAACUGAGGGAGUUCAGGAGGCCCUUCUGAAAAUCCAUGAGGCUCCUGAGAAUGCUGACAGGCUCACCAAGAUGAAACAAGUCAUGAAGGCUCUUUCUGAGUGGAGGGCUCACCCUUCAGGCAAGCCCCUGGCCUCCAUGUAUGUGAAAUUCUUCGGACAGGAAAUUGCCUUUGCCAACAUUGACAAGGCUAUUGUUGAUCAGAUUAUUGAGGUGGCCACCGGCCCUGCAGUUUAUGCUCAAGGCAGGAAGGCUUUGGAUGCUCUGUUGUCUGGUUUCACACUGCAUUAUGCUAAACCCAUGCUGGUCGCUGAGAUUCGUCGCAUCCUUCCCACUGCUGUUGGUCUGCCCAUGGAGCUGAGUUUCUAUACUGCUGCUGUGGCUGCUGCAUCUGUUGAAUUCCAAGCCACCGUGACACCACCUCUGCCUGAAAAUUUCCAUGCUGCCCAGCUUUUGAAGUCUGACAUUAACAUGAGAGCUGCAAUUGCUCCAAGUGUUUCUAUGCACACCUAUGCAGUUAUGGGAGUGAACACUGCGUUCAUCCAGGCCGCCCUGGUGUCAAGAGCCAGAGUUCACACAAUUGUUCCUGCAAAGAUGGAAGCAAGAAUUGACAUGAUUAAGGGCAACUUCAAACUCCAGUUCCUGCCUGUUCAGGGCAUCGAUAAGAUCGCAUCUGCACUUGUUGAGACUUUUGCUAUUGCAACAAAUGUGGAAGACCUCACAGCUGCCAAAAUCACACCAAUGAUUCCAGCUGAGGCUGCAGUACAGCUGUCAAGGGAGAUUUUCUCUUCAAAGGCUUCUAGAAAACUUGCCAACAGCCUUAAAGUACCCAAAGCCUUCAAAAAGAAAAUGUGUGCUGCAAUUGAAACCUUUGGAAUAAAGGCAUGCACAGAGAUUGAGUCUCGCAAUGCCGCCUUCAUCAGAGACUGCCCGCUCUAUGCCAUAAUUGGAAAACAUGCUGUCAUAGUUGAGGUUGCUCCAGCUGCUGGACCAGUCAUCGAGAAGAUUGAAGUUGAGAUUCAGGUUGGAGAUAAAGCAGCAGAAAAGAUCAUCAAAGUGAUUAACCUGAGCGAGGAAGAGGAAAUGUUCGAGGACAAGAACGUCCUGAUGAAACUCAAGAAUAUCUUGGUUCCUGGUCUGAAGAACAGAACAGCAACUUCCUCCAGCUCCAGCUCCAGCAGCUCUCACUCCAGCAGCUCUCGUUCAAGCAUCUCCUCCUCUGCAUCAUCCAAAAGCUCCUCCAGCAGUGCUUCAAGCAGCCGUUCAUCAGUCCGUUCCAGCAGCCGCUCUUCCAGCUCCAGCUCCAGCUCCUCCAGGUCCAGCUCCCUGUCUAAGGUGAGAUAUUUGCAGCAUGCCAUCUCCUCAGCCCGUACCAACAGCAAGAGCAGUGCCUACAGCUUUGAAGCCAUUUACAAUAAGGCCAAGUACCUUGCUAACGCUGUCACUCCUGCUGUGACUGUUCUCAUCCGUGCUGUGAGAGCCGACCACAAGGUUCAGGGAUACCAGAUCGCAGCUUACUUUGACAAAACCACUGCCAGACUGCAGGUCAUCUUUGCUAACCUGGCUGAGAAUGACCACUGGAGAAUCUGUGCUGAUGGUAUGAUGCUGAGCAACCACAAGCUGAUGGCCAAGAUUGCCUGGGGCAUUGAAUGCAAGCAAUACGAGACUGAGAUCAUAGCUGAAACUGGUCUUGUGGGUCAAGAGCCUGCUGUCCGCCUGAAGGUCACCUGGGACAAACUUCCAAAGAGCAUGAAGCACUAUGCAAAGCAGAUCUCUGAGUACAUUUCCCGUAUUGCUCAUGAAGCCGGAGUGAGCCUGGCAAAGGUCAAGAAUAUUCAUAAUCAGAUCAAACUGACUGUGGCUGUUGCUUCUGAGACAACCCUGAAUGUUGUGCUGAAGACACCAAAGAGGACCAUUUAUAAACUUGGAGUGGGUCUGCCUAUUUCACUGCCACUUGGAGACACUGCUGCUGAGCUGCAAACAUACCAGGACAACUGGGCUGAGAAGAUCUCCUACAUGGUCACCAAGGCUCAUGCAGCUGAGUGCACCAUGAUCAAAGACACCCUAAUCACAUUCAACAACAGGAAAUACAAGAAUGAAAUGCCCCACUCUUGCUACCAGGUUCUGGCUCAGGAUUGCACCUCAGAACUCAAAUUCAUAGUUCUGUUGAAAAAGGACCAAACACUGGAACAGCAACAGAUCAAUGUGAAGAUUGCAAACAUUGAUAUCAACAUGUAUCCAAAGGACAACAUUGUCAUGGUGAAGAUCAAUGGAGUAGAAAUCCCCAUCAACAACCUGCCAUAUCAGCAUCCCACAGGCAAAAUUCAGAUCAGACAGAAAGGAGAGGGCAUCGCUCUCCACGCUCCCAGCCAUGGUCUUCAGGAGGUCUACUUUGAUCUGAACGCACUGAAGGUUAAAGUUGUGGACUGGAUGAGAGGACAGACUUGUGGACUGUGUGGAAAGGCUGAUGGGGAAAUCAGACAGGAGUACCGCACACCCAACGAACGCGUGUCCAAGAACGCAAUCAGCUACGCUCAUUCCUGGGUUCUGCCUGGAAAGAGCUGCCGUGAUGCCUCUGAGUGUUACAUGAACCUUGAGUCUGUGAAGCUGGAGAAGCAGAUGAUCCUCCAUGGUCAGGAGUCCAAAUGCUACUCUGUUGAGCCUGUGCUGCGCUGCCUGCCCGGCUGCAUACCAGUGAGGACCACCUCUGUCAGCGUUGGCUUCCACUGCCUGCCUGCUGACUCUAACCUGAACCGCUCUGAGGGUCUGAGCAACAUCUAUCAGAAGAGCUCUGACCUACAGGAAACAACAGAAGCUCAUGUGGCAUGUCGCUGCACUGCUCAGUGCGCGUAA